CCACUAAUUUAAUAUGGCUGCUCUUCCAGAAGAUUCACACUGCUCAUAUCUUGCUGUUAACGAAGAAGAGGAAGAGAGAGGAAGGGAGAUAGUGGGUGUAUCAGAUAAAGGAGGCUUUGGUAGCCGCCGUAUUGUAAUACUGGAGCCCCUCCCUCUUUUGUCACCUGUAAAACAGAAUGUUGAUCUUAAUUUAGCACCCCCCAACUGGUUGAGGGGGUCUGGUGCAGGACGAUACUUUUAUAAGACACUAUUCUCUCAGUUUAAUAAAACGUCAGACAGAAACACAAGUCAUGUUAACCCAUCUAGUAUAAUAUUAGCGUCACAUUAUUCUCAUUUGGUGGGUGGAGUUGUUGAUGUUAUUGCCGAUACGAAAAGUGUCAAGAAAUUGCUAACAAUGCCUUACAAUAAGUCCAAUGUCUCCAUGUCAGUUCAUAGAAUUGGACGGACUUUAUUAAUUGAUGAAUUAUACACUGAUACCUCAUUAAGAGAGUUUGAGAAAUUGUCAUCUGUUGGUGAAUUGCCAAAGGUGCCAUUAGUUAAGAAAGAUCCAGUCUCAGUUAGACACAGAAGCAUGUACUCGAAGCUCCUGUACUAUAGCACUCCUGAUGAUGAUAGUGAGUCUCUUCCAAUUUUACCUGCCCCAGAACACUUGCUAACAUUACCGGACCCAGUUAAAGGAGCUGCACCAAAUAUUGAUGAAGAACUCUCAGAUAUAUUUCCAUGUGUACCACCAGACCCGUUGCCGCAGCCAUUUCAUUUAAAUGUUGAGUGGACAGUUAAUGACAUUAGGAUGUUACUAGGGAGCGAUCUUCCCAUAUUUGGUAAAGAAGGGAAACCAGCUAUUAGCCUAAAAUUGAGAGAUAUGGAUAAGCCGAUAACAGUAUUAACAGGUUUGGAUUACUGGUUGGACAACUUAAUGUGUAAUGUACCAGAAUUGGCCAUGUGCUACCAUGUGGAUGGUAUAGUACAGAAAUUUGAUGUAAUUAAAACUGAAGACAUUCCAAAACUUGAUAAAAACUGUCAAUUUUCACCUCAAGAGGUCCUUAAAGUUGCUGAAAACAUUUUAUCAUUUUUAAAGAGUAAUUGUACAAAGGAAGGCCACACCUAUUGGCUGUUCCGCCCUAAAGGAGAGGAUCUCGUUAAACUGUACGACCUCACGACUUUGACCUCCAGCAGUAAGGAAACGGAAGCAAUUGAAAAUCCAUUUGCUAAAAGUGUCGCUACGUUAUUCUAUAGAGUCUCUCAAAGGAUGCUGCAGUAUGGAGCAUGUGACAAUAAAAAAGAAUUAAAUAAUAUAAAAAUAUUAUUAGAGAAUUGUAUCAAAUUACUGCACAAUGACCUUAACUCACAGAUUGUGAUGUCCUCCUAUUUUUUACUGGCUGAUAUGUUUUUAAGCCACACCCCUCCAUUAUUAGAGGAGGAGCCCACUGGUAGUGAAGAUGAUGAUGAAUCCCAUGAAUCUCAAUUAAUAACUAAUGAACCGUAUAUAUCGUCACUUGCAGUGUCCAGUCUAAUUCACAAUAUUGAUCCAUUAAUGACUGGUCCUGCUGAUGGAACAGGAUCUAUUCCAGACGCGACUAAUAGUUUAAAAAUAUCUUUAACUUAUGUCAGUAAAGCAUUAGAGGGAUUGAAUCCAUUAUGUAUUGUUGAUAACUGGAGGGUGACUGGUACCUCACAGCUGCUACUAACAGCAGGUAAUGCUUACUGGAAGCUGUCAGAAGGAGCAAUGGCUGACAGUGAACUGGGACAGUGCUUGAGGUGGGCCAGGCUAGCUGUACUGUGUUUCAAGGUAUCACUUGCUUUGUCCAAGGAUAAGAAACAAAUUAAAUUGAUGAAGAACAUGUUGGGGUCGUCAUGGCAACUGUGUGGCGAUGUACAUGUAUUAAGUACUAAAGCUUCCAGCUCUUUAAGUAGAUAUAUUAAUGAUUUUAACAUGUUUGAUUCGAUUGAUUGUAAAAUUAAAACAUUUUUAUCAUCUUUAUACAACCCAUCAGUUGAAGAAGAUGAUUACCUUCAGUUACAUGUUGAUAUUGAAACCAGCCUUAAAAUGAGUAUUGAAUGUUACAAUGUAUGCAAGUCAGUGGGAGGAGCCUCAACUAAUAAUAAUAAAUUGAAGGAGAGGUUAGGUAAUGCUUGGAACGAGCUAGGAGUUUAUUACAAACACACAGCAGCAACUGGAACCGAACAAGACUAUAGUGCUAAAACCUCAUUAUGUGAUGAAAGUUACAAGUGUAUCACUAAAGGACUGACUUUGUUUAAGGAGACAGGCAGUGUACCUAACCAGUCACUAUUGAACGCUAACCUAGGCAGUCUUAGUAGAGUACUGGCGGCCAUUGAACAUCAGAAACAAGCAAAGGAGGGAGGAGGGGCAGAGUUUAGUCUGGAGGAGAGGAGCCAUUACAAUAGAUCUAUAGACUAUUACAAUAAAGGUAAAGCGUUAUUGAAGAGAUUGUCAAACCAUCCUACAAUAUGGCUCAACAUUGAAAUGGACCUGUGUAACGUUUAUUAUGAAUUUGGACGCGCCAUACAAGACAGACCUCCAUUGAGUAGAGUGUCUGUGCAAGAGGUGGAACGAGAUAUUGUCUCACUGUUCAUGAAGGCUAUACAUUUUGCUGAGUCAGUAGCUGGCAAUGUCCCACCUGGUUCUAGUCAUCAUGUUAGUGUUUCUGGCAUCAUUGGAACCACCCAUCAACAACUGGGCAGCCUUUAUCAUAAAGUAGCCUUUGACCCAGCUUUUUCAACUCAAAGACAGCGAACAGCUAGGACUCAAUCAGAGAGACAUUAUUCAAAAUCAAUCAACAGUUUUAUAGUAAAUGACCAUUCAUUACAAAUACUAAGAGUUUAUUGGGAAAGAUCAUUACUGUAUGAACAACACGCAAAUAUAUCCAGUGGUAAUCACUCCAUUAAAUUAUUACACCAAUCACUGGAUGACAUACUAUUAGCAAUCAGUCCAUUACAAGUCUUACUAAAACUCUCCUCUAAUGAUACAAGUACUAGUUCAUGCUCAGUGUUAGGGUCAUUGAAGCAGCUAUUGGUGAUUAUUGUGCAAAGACUUAGAACAAUCUGUAAACAGCUGUUGACACUCUCAAUGAAGAGAACAACAAGUGUUCAAGAUGAUAGUGCUUCCUGUACUAUUUCACAGUAUAAAAGACUUUACGAGUUAAGUAUCAGUGAUAUUGAUAUUGAUACUGAUAUUAAUGCUGAUUCUGAUGUUAACACUGAUUCUGAUAUUAACACUGAUUUAUUGUUAAGUGACAUCAUCAAACUAUUAGAAAACAUUAAAGUCGUACUUAGCUAAUUAUAUAUUCAUUACUACAAUCAUUAUCAUUUUAUUGUUACUGUUAUUAUUAUUAUUGUCAUUUUAUCUUUGUUCACCAAUCAAUAAGAUUUGUUACUAUUUCUUCA